CUCCCUACAUCCCUCUUCUCUCUACUUGCUUCUUUCUCCCAGCUCCCUCCUGCUGUUUGUCCCUGAAUGUAUCAUUUCAUGAAAGAAAGAGAGUGAAAAGGAAGCAGAGCGAAAGGUUGCAGGGGUGUUGUAUAAUAAUAAAAAAAUCAGUUGAAGAGAUAGGGAAAGAGAGUAGGAGGGAGAUGAAAGGGGAGAAGGGCAUGUUUUGAGCACAGGCAACUGGCUGCAGAGACUACACAGCACGAGAGAGAGCAAAAGGGAGAGAAAGAGAGCGAGACAAGGAGACAGCGCAAGACCUAGACACAAGAUGGCUACAGUCUCUUCUGAUUUAAAUGCUGCAGAGGGCUCUUCUCUAUCCAUCCGGCGCCUCCUGUUGUUGGGUUUCCAAGGCUCCGGUAAGACCUCAACACUGAAUACCAUAUUGAGCCAGGAGAAAAACCCUCCUGACGACUCCCAAACAGACCAACUACACUGGGUAGACAUACUCACCUGGCGACUACUGAUUGUUGACACUCCUGGAUGGAAGCUGGAAACCAAAGACACGACUGACGAGAUGGACUCAGCAGAGAAUCAGCAGUCCAUCGCUGAUCAAUGUUCUCCUGGUCCUCAUGCCCUACUGCUGGUGGUUCCCAUUGGAGUCCCAUUCACCGAACACCACUGGCAAGGUCUCUGGACCCGAGUUAUUGCACUGGGAGCAGGGAUAUGGAGGCACACAAUGGUUUUGUUCACCUGUGCAGAUCAGUUGCCACAAGACAUGGGUGUGGAGGAAUUUAUAGUGGAUGGCGGGGCACCGCUGCAGAGGCUGGUGGAGAGGUGUGGCUGUAGGUACCAUGCCUUGGAUAACACCAGCUUGGACAAAAGUGCUCAGGUUGCAGAGCUUUUGCAGAAAGUGGAGGAGAUGGUAAAGGAGAAUCAAGGCUGGUUCUUUGAAAUGGUGCGGCCAAGCCUUGGAUUUGGGGAUGAAGAGACUGACAAUGAAAGAGAAGAGGAUAGAAGUACAGAAGUGGAGAGAACAGCAGCAAUGUUUAGAUCUCCACCAAGAGAGUUACGAGUGUUGUUAGUAGGCUGGCGUGGAGCAGGUAAGAGCUCUGUAGGUAAUCUUCUACUGGGCUGUCGUGUGUUUGAAUCAGGACGCCCCACUGAGGUGUCUAUCCGCCGUCAAGCAUUGGUAGCUGGUAGGCGUCUCACGGUUGUCGACACACCAGGUUGGGAUUGGUUCUCUGUCCAGCGUACACCAAGCAACAUACAAAGAGAAAUCAAACUGGGGGCAGGGCUUCUCCAUCCUGGCCCACAUGCGCUCUUACUGGUCAUCCCCGUGGUCUCCACCCUCACUCCCAAAAAGAGACAGGCCCUUAAGAGCCACUUGGAAAUGUUUGGCGAGGAGGCAUGUCAGCACACACUGGUGCUGUUUUCAUGUGGCGACUGGCUGUAUGGCACAUCAAUUGAGGAACACAUCCAGCGGGACGGAGGCGAGCUGCUGAAACUGAUGCAGCAUUGCUGGAACUGUUACCAUGUGCUGGACUGUACCAAAGCCAACAAGGACAAGGCACAAGUUACUGAACUCUUGCAGAAAAUAGAGGAGAUGGUAGCAGAAAAUGGACAGAAACCUUUCUUACCAGUCAAAUUGAACCAAGAAUUAGACGAGGAGGAAACAAGUGGAAGAUGCAUUCUGCAGUGAAGGCGAUGUAAAGUGCAAAUCUUAGAGGAAAUUACAAGCUAUUGACCUUUUGGAUCCCAAAACAAGCAGUAUUAAUCCAAUUGUUUAAUACCCAUAAGGCCAUUUACACUGUUUAUAUAUGUCAUAUAUUUAGUUGACAGAAUGCAAACUCAAUUUGAACUGAACAUUCCACUGCUUUUUAAUUUCAUGGUCAUUAUGUUCUACUUAUGUCGACAUUCAGUAGCAUACAUACAGAAGUACAAACUAGAUUUCUUGCUCCUUAUGAAUUCUUCACUGGACAUUCACCUUUGCUAGAAGCACGUAGCACUUAGUGACAUGAUAUUUUUGUUGAACUUGUUUCCUUCUAAUCCUGUGAGCUACAAAUAACAGUAAUAACUGAGAGCACAAAUAACAGUAAUUCUCAGCACUCAAAUAUUGAAACUCUUGCCAAAUGCAUGCACUGGUUUCAAUGAUUAUUGUCUAGUGUUAGGUAAAACGCAUGGUGGAACCAAACAGACGAAAUGGCCAAAAUGAUUCCAUCCAUUACCACGUUGUAUGACAGGACUCUUAAGCCCAGUAUUGUACAAUAUUUAUACAACCUGCUAGCUUUUCAUGCACAUUGAAACAGUGUCAAAUAAUAUUUAGUAAAACUGCAUAUUAUGAAUUUGGUCAUUGUAGUUACUUACAUGUAGUUUGAAUGUACUGUAUUAUCAUAAAGUCUAGAAUGUGCACCUGAAAUAGAGCGGGAUUCUCGAGUAUACAACUGUUCAGACUAAAUGUGCAAUUGAGCACCUUAAGAACAUUCAGGGAUUCUUCUUGUUAAUUUGAUAUGAUUGGUAACUAAUAAGGAGGACAUAUCAUACUUACGACUGUGAUGUCAGCAUUGUAUUCUAUAGUUAAUGUGUGUUGAGCAUUCAGGGCAUGGCUGUUGCUAUUGCAUAAUAAUAAUUAUCAUGUCUGCUCAUUUUCAGCACAGUAUGAUAAUAUGCUAUAAAUUUCCAAGUGCUUGGGCAAACAUUUCGGCCUCAAAAGUGACAUUCAACUGGUUUGACUUAAGACACUCGGAUGACUUAAAAGUUUAGCUUUUGUAUGCUUUUCACUUCAUAUUUUCAUAUUAAUAAAGAAUAA